UCUCGAAAUUCAAACUUAUCAGCAGUACUUUUUUAGAUUUUCAUUUGAUCGGUUGCUCUGAGGCUUUUAAAGAAAUAAAUAAACAAAUAAUUUUUAGGGGUUGGUGACGUCAUGUGUUUGAGAGUAAAUGGAUGUUGCCGCGCGAACCUUCGUAAUGCUGGUUUAGCAAUUGGUUGUCUAUGUUUUGCUUUAACUAUCCCUGAAAUUGUUAAACAAUCAAAAUAUAUAAAUGUUCUCCAAGGAGUGUUUCCUUCCAAUUACUCCAAUACCACCGAUUACAACAAUGCCACCAUCCAUUCCAAUGAUGAUAAAACAGAUGUAACCAACAUCACCAGCGAAACAGUUUAUCUUGUAUUGUUCUUAUUUGAUUGGAUUACGCUAGUCUCACUUCUUUUUGGAAUAACCAAAAAUAAACAUAUUUUGUUAUUACCUUGGUUGAUCCUAAGAGGUCUCACACUUAUUGUGGCAACUCCAGUUGUUUUGUUUUCAUUGGUAGUGGCAUUCUUUGACGGUUUAAUAUUAUCAAUUUUGAUAUCUUCGGCUUAUACAUUGGUUAUUGGUUUGCUGUUAUGGUUUUGGAUUGUUAUUUAUUCACUUUACCAUGAAAUAAAGGACACGAAGAAGUAUAAGCCACCUCCAAGUCAAAUAGCAUAAUAAACAUUUAUCAGCUGUUCAGGAGAUGGACUAUCAAUUAUAUUUGAUAACAAAUGUUUUACACCAAUUUUGUAAAAUAACUUUCAAAAGCUGUUUUUAUCAAAAUCGAAAUUUAAGUUUUUUUUUGAAAAAAUUUAAUGUUUAUAACCUUUUGCGAGUUGACUCGUGUUUAAUUCGAAUAAUUUGAA